GUUAUUUCAAACAAAAUGGCAUUGAUGUAGUGGAUAAGAACAAGCAUGAUUACGAUUAUGUAGUGUUUGGGGGGUUGGUGGUGGUGAUGAUGGUGCUGGUGGGUUUUUUUCAGUCUUGAUUUUUCUUGUGAUGGAACAUUUACUUCAGACUGAUGUUCUGAGCUCAUCUACAUGAACAACACACAUCCAACAAGAGAGCAAUCAGGAUGAAGGUGUCACUGUCCAUGUUUAUCUGUUUUAGCCUGACUUGGACUCACAGUCAGACCUCCGAGAGACCAAACUGUUAUGAAUGUGAUAAAGAUCACUUCUGCAACUGUGCUGCAAAGAACCUCCACCAUGUACCGAGAGUUCCCACCAACGUUCUUUCCCUUGAUGUAUCCUUCAACGAGAUUGAGUUCAUUACUCAGAAGGAUCUGAUCGAGUAUACAGAGCUGAGGACUUUAAAGCUGCAGAAGAACAAACUCAGCAUGAUCCACAAAGAAGCAUUUAAUUCCCAGAGCAAACUGGAAGAGCUCGAUCUGUCAUUCAAUAAACUGGAAAACAUCUCUUCACUGUGGUUUUCUCGGCUUCGAUCUCUGAAACACUUGAACAUCUUGGGAAACCAGUAUACAACUUUAGGGUCCGUUGCCCUGUUCCAAUUUGUCAAGAAUCCAGCACUGAGAACACUACAAUUCGGUAACCCUUCAAUCGAGGCUGUAAAGCGAAAUAUGUUGGGGAAUAUUAGACAGCUGGAUGAGUUGACAUUUGUUGGUGGUAACCUAAGAUCUUAUGAGAAUGGAAGUUUCCAGACAGCUCAACCCAUCAGGGCAGUUUCAGUCAGCCUUCAGGGGUUGUUUCAGGCUGAUCCAGGGCUCGUGUCAAAGAUCCUUCGAGAUGUUUCUCACCCUGAGACAUCACUGACCAUUAGAGAUGUUUUCCUGGAGACAAGAGAACCCAUAGAACCCUUUAAAGAGGUCAGAGAAGGUUCUACCAAAAGGCUUACUUUGCAAAACAUAAGCACAACUGACGAGGCAGUCACCCACCUUCUAGAAGUUUUGGAUGGUUCUCCGAUGUCUUACAUCGGUGUUGAGGAUAUUUACUUCAUAGGUUGCGGCAAGUGGGAAAGAGCUCGGUGGACUCACUAUGAAAAUCUGAACACCUUGUUUAUCCGCAACAUAGAAAUCCAGGGCUUCUUCAGUUUCAGCAGCAUGAUCCAGUUGGCGUUUCUGUUGAAGCAUCUCACCAAGAUAUCCGUCAUCAACUGCACCGUUUUCGUUAUUCCCUGCCUAACCACCUAUUUACUACGAAAGGUGGAAUACUUAGACUUGAGCCAAAAUCUCUUAUCAGAUAUCACCUUGCAAGAAUCUUUAUGCAACGGUGUCAGCCACAUGUGCAAACUUAACACGCUCAACGUAAGUCACAAUUCACUAAAAUCUCUCCACCUCGUCUCCCGCCUGGUCACACAUCUCGACAGGCUUACAUCGCUAGACGUGAGUCACAAUGACUUUUCGAAGAUGCCACAGACUUGCAGUUGGCCUGCAAGUCUCAGGUUUAUGAAUCUCUCUGCUACAAAACUUCAGCGCAUAACUCCGUGCUUACCUCAGAGCCUGACCAUUCUGGAUUUGAGACAAAAUUACCUGACAGAAUUUGUCCACCAUCUUCCCAACCUUAUGGAGCUCUGGCUUACAGGCAACAGAUUUAUUUCCCUUCCGGAAGGUGGACAGUUUCCCAGCCUACACAUGUUGCACAUUCAAGGCAACAUGUUGAGCAUAUUCAACAAAAGUGACCUGAUGGCAUUCCGGUCUCUGCAGUUCUUGGAAGCUGGUCAGAACAAUUUUGUUUGCAGCUGUGAUUUUGUAGAAUUCUUUAAAGAUCAUAUUGACCACUUGAUUACUCUAAAGGAUGGACGUCAUAGCUACAUGUGUGACUUGCCUUUCACGUUAAGGGGUCGUACUGUUGAUAAUGCUCAACAGUCAGUCAUUGAGUGUCACAUGAUCCUGUCAGUAUCCAUCCUCUCCUCUGUAUUUGUCCUCAUCCUAAUCGCCAUCGGGGUCACCUGCUACAAACUUCACGUCUUAUGGUAUCUACAGAUGACAAUGGCAUGGUUAAAAGCGAAAGGUAAACCAGCCGUACGUAGCGGAGGUGCUAUUCUUCGCUAUGAUGCGUUCGUAUCAUACAGCGAGCAUGAUGCAGAGUGGGUCGAAGAAAUCCUAGUGCCAGAGUUAGAAAGCUCUGAACCUCCGAUUGCUCUGUGUCUGCACAAGCGAGACUUCCUUCCUGGCCGCUGGAUCGUCGACAACAUCAUCGAGUCCAUCGAAAGUAGCUAUCGGUCUCUCUUCGUCUUAUCGGAGAACUUUGUGACAAGCGAGUGGUGCCGCUACGAGCUGGACUUUUCGCAUUUUCGGAUCAUCGACGAACAAAACGAUUCGGCUGUCCUGGUCCUGUUGGAGCCCAUCAACAAAGAGACGGUUCCUAAGCGCUUCUGCAAAUUGCGCAAAAUAAUGAACUCCAGGACGUACCUCGAGUGGCCUCAAGAUGAAGAAAAGCAAGAGGAAUUCUGGCACAAUCUCCGAGCUGCACUCAAGAGGGAGGACUUCUGAUAGGUCUCGGAUCAGAACUUUGUCAGCUCAGAGACUGAUUCUGUAUUUCAUUUUGUCAAUAAUUAAGGUUGUUAAUGAGAAGCUUUAUGGAUUCUUACUAAUAAAUGUUACCCUAUAGUGUUCAGUGUAUUAUAAAAGCUUCCUAAAUAUCAAUUUAAUCUAAACUAACCAACACCGUUAGAGUUCAUUGUUCCUGUGCUGUUGUAAAGGUUAGACUCAGACCUAGAGUCCAACCUCUGUCUUAAAUCUGAUUAAAAUCUACUCUCAAUAAAUACAAUUUUUAUCUAGUUAAGGAUCAUUUGCAUCAGGGGCUUUCCUUUUCUUGUCAGCUUCCUCAUAAAAUAGAGAACACACACACCCUUAUGAGUGAGUCUUCCGUUAUUUAUUCAGCGCUCAA